AUGUCAACAGAUGAUUUAAAAUUCGAUAGAAAUGAUAGUCAAUCAGAUGAAACAUAUACAACACCAAUUAGUCCAUUAUCACCACAAGAAAAAUCUCCACCACCACCACCACCACCACCAUCAGUAUUAAUAACAUCAGUAACAAAUUCAAAUGAAGAAAAAGGAGAAUCAAAUUCUAUUAAUGAAAUGCAAACAUUAAUACAAUCAUCAAAUGAUUUAACAUUUCCCUUAGAAGAUUCAUGGACAUUUUGGUAUUUUAAAAAUGAUCGUAUGUGUGAUUGGAAAGAUAAUUUAAUUAAAAUAACAACAGUAUCAACAGUUGAAAGUUUCUGGUCUGUCUAUAAUCAUUUACAAUCAGCUAGUCGACUUGGUCAAGGUUGUGAUUAUUUUUUAUUUAAAACACAUAUUCAACCAAUGUGGGAAGAUCGAUAUAAUCGUUCGGGUGGUCGAUGGUGUUUAAAUUUAAAUAAAAAUCAACGAGCUAAUGAACUUGAUACAUAUUGGCUUCAUACAUUACUCUCAUUAAUUGGUGAUCAAUAUGGUGAAGAUGCACAUAAUGUUAAUGGUUGUGUAGUUUCAGUUCGAAGUAAAGGUGAUCGAAUAAGUUUAUGGACACGAGACUGGAGAAAUACUGAAACUACAAAACGUAUUGGAAGUCGUUUUCGCGAAGUCGCUGAUAUUCCUCGAUCAUUACAAUUGAUAUUUGAAAGUCAUGAAGAUCAAGAAUCAAAACGUGGUGCAUCAUCAAAAAUUCUAUUUCGAGCUUAA